AUGAGAACUGUCAAAGACAAAAAUAGUCCACCAUGGAUCGAUAAAGAAGUGCGUCAACUAAUCCGUAAGAAGUACAAAGUUCUAAAACAAUACCGCAGGAACAAAUCUGCUGAUCGAAAGCGUAAAUUACGAAGCGUUACUCAACAAAUCAAAUACUUGAUUCGAAGUAAACACCGAGGCUAUCUGGCUAAAAUAGAAAGUUCGUUCUGUGGCAACCCUAAACUAUUCUGGAGUUACCAUAAAUCAAUUCUUCACCACCGGACAGGUCAGAGCAACGAAAUAACAUAUAAUGGUUUCACAGCCAAGACGGCGAAAGAAAAAGCGGAUCUUUUUAACACUUACUUUUCUUCAGUGUUUCAUCCAUCUUCUACCACUUGUAACCAGACGCCUCGAACGGAAAGCAAAGAGAACAUCUCGGAGAUAACAAUCGAUGUAGACGAAGUUGCGCAAUUUUUGUGUGCCCUUGAUACCUCGAAAGCAUGUGGCCCCGACGGCAUUCCAGCUCGCCUGUUACAAGUAUGCGCCCUUGAAAUCGCACCAAGCAUAUGUGAGUUGUUUAACCGUUCCUUGCAUACUGGUCAUGUUCCAUCUGAGUGGAAAUCUGCGAAUGUUACACCCGGCCACAAAAAAGAUCUUAAAGAACCGGCGGAACAUUACAGACCAAUAUCGUUGCUGCCCAUCGUUGGCAAAGUACUAGAGCGUUGCGUGUGCAUCAGACUAUAUAAUCAUGUCAGGCACCUCGUCACAAAAGCACAACAUGGUUUCCUUAGACGGCGAUCUUGCGUUAGUCAACUACUAUCGGUACUACACGCCAUCGGGCAAUCCCUUGACAAAAACGUUCAAACUGACGUUAUCUACCUCGACUUUGCGAAAGCUUUUGACUCUGUCGAUCACCAAAUUCUCCUCCACAAGUUUGCGUCAUACGGUGUGUCAGGUCAUUUAUAUGAAUGGUUCGCGGACUAUCUCAGUGGUCGUCGUCAAAGGGUUGUGAUUGAUGGAGCUACAUCUAAUUGGGUGCCAGUUACAUCUGGAGUGCCGCAAGGCAGUCUCCUGGGUCCUAUUCUGUUUGUGAUAUUCAUAAACGAUCUUCCCGACAUAUUACCUGACGAGACGUUGGCAGCUUUGUAUGCAGACGACACCAAACUGUACAAGUCCAUCACAUCAGUAGGUGACUGUGAAAGUUUGCAACAAGCUUUAACAGACCUUGACUGCUGGAGCCGUGACAACAACCUCAAUUUUAACGAGUCGAAGUGUAAGGUGUUGACAAUUACAAGGAAAAAAACCCCGCUGACGUACGCAUAUCACAUGGGCUCAAAGGAACUUACUCGUGGGAAUAAGGAAAAAGAUCUUGGUGUCUUCAUAAAUUACAACCUCUCAUGGGACGAUCAUGUUCAUACCAUCACCGCCAAAGGGAACAAGAUGCUUGGCAUGCUGAAAAGAACUUGCCCUCUACUGACUAACACCGCAGUGAGGCGGACGCUGUAUUUGUCACUCGUGAAGUCCCAGAUAAGUUACGCCACCGAAGUCUGGUCUCCUCCUACCAUCAAAAUGAGAUCCACAGUGGAACGUGUACAAAGGAGAGCCACCUCUUGGAUACUGCAAGCCAAGCGCGGAGAAAUUGCAUAUAAGCAGCGGCUGAUAACCCUUGGCUUAUUACCCCUGUGCUACGAGAGAGAAAUAAAAGACUUAGUGUUCUUUUUUAAGGCACUGUAUGGACAUAUUGAUCUUGACGUGCAUAGUUUCGUUUCAUUUGUCAACAAUGGCCGAACACGACUUAGUCGAAAUCCUUCUCUCACACUCAAAAUCCCUUUCUGUAAAUCCAAAACAUUUCAAUCCUCAUAUUUCAACCGGCUUGUCAAGUUAUGGAACCACGUCUGCAAAAUUCUUCCCUCUACCACCUUUGCCAGCCUCUCCAUCUUCAAAAGAUCUCUUAAAGCCACUUACGCUAACUUGCUUACGGCAACAUUUGACGUGGACAUGCCAUGCACCUGGACACUGGUGCGGGACUGCCCCUGCCACAGAUCUUAAGUAGUUUUAAUAGACGGUUCCUCUUAUUGUGUUCACUGAAUGCAACCACAUUAUGCUUGUGAGUUUGAAAUUAUUAUGCUAACACAUCCGUGAAGCAUUCAUUAUGCUUGUGAGUUUGAAAUUAUUAUGCCUGCAAUACAUCCGUGAAGCAUUCAUUAUGCUUGUGAGUUUGAAAUUAUUUUGCUAACACAUCCGUGAAGCAUUCAGGUGGUUGCGUUCAUGGUCAUACUAAUAGGGGGAAGCGGCUUUUAUAUAUUUGUAUUUUAUGUAUGUGUGUAUUUAUAUUUAUGUACGUAUUCGCUGCUUCGGGGUUUGCACCUUGCAUGGGACUUCGCGUCUCGUUUGUGCUUAUGCCAUUUGAGUUCAUAUUAAUUAUACAUAAUAUUAAUUAUAUAUAAUUAUAUAUAAUAUUAAUUAUAUAAUGUAAUGUUCUCAAUAAAUAUAAUAUAUAUAUAUAUAUAUAUAUCUGGAACGAUAACAGCGAGCGAAAAGUGAAGCCGACAAAAAAAUCACGACAUAAGUAUUCGUCAUUGUCUUCGUCAUCAACUGUUCAAGAACUUUCUUACAGUAUUAAAAAUCACUUACAUAUAAAAUUUGUAAUUAUUUUGAAAGUUUUUAUCACAGUUUUUAUAUCUUUAUUCACUUUUAACCUGAAGAUGGAGUUAUACUCCGAAACGUAGUUAUUAAAAUAAUUUUUACUAAGCCCAUAUGGUCUAAUUUAUAUUCAAACACACGUACAUAUUCAUUUACAUUUUGCUGGCAGGCAAAUUCCGAUCACACAAUAAAUUCUUUAAAAAAUAACGUACCAGUGUAUUGACUAAAAACCAUAAAACUGGUAAACUAAAAAACAAUUCAAACAAUCGCGAAAAAUGGCAACGGCAAAGUCACAGUUGCAAGUCAAUUUACCUACCUGUGAAAUGAAAUUUUCUCGCAAGAAUAUCUCUUUCCUUGUGCAUCCAGAACGACAGUACGACACAAUAUAUUUGAAAAAGUGAUUCUUUUCUCCACACGGGGAAGUUUUCCUCGACUUUUUUCCCACAGCGAACUCAAUGCAGUAAAUUUUAGGAGCAAAACAGUUUGCUCCUAAAAUGUAUUGCAUUGAGUUGGCCAUGUUUUUAAUUUUUUUUCGUGAUUGCGUUCAAAUUUAUACUGGCCGUGCAACGGUUUGCAAGAGGGGGAAUGAAACUGACGUCCAAUCCGCGUAAACCUGACGUUUGAGGGACUGAGACUGACGUCCAAUCCGCGUGAAAGACUGGUAUCGAGGCUUCAUUUUUUUCGCAAUCAAAUGACUGAAUGUUAUCGUUCCAGAUAUAUAUAUAUAUAGAGUUCACUGUGUAGACGUCGUACAACUUAAGAUUAUUUGUUCAAAACGUUACCUAGCUCUAUAACUCUAUAAUUUAAAAAAAAAAUCCAGAAAAAAUACGAACAAAUCCGGAAAAUCCAAACAAAUCCGGAAAAUCCAACAGAUUUUCAAAAAUCCAGAAAAAAUCCGAAUAAAUCCGGAAAAUCCCAAUAAAUCCGGAAAAUCCAACAGAUUUUCUCUUCAAAAAUCCGCUAAAAAAUCCGGGGAAAAUCCGCUAAAUCCGCUAAAAAAUCCGCGGAUUUUUAAAAAUCCGAAAAUCCCGUACGCUUUUUUGGAGUGAAAUGCCCCUCGUGCAAAACUAGUCCUCUAGCAGAAAUUGAACCUCGGUCGUUGAUGUCGAUUUCUUUAAUUUUUGAACCAUACUCUAUGUAUCAAUUAUAUAUGGAAUAGGAAAUGUAAUUGUAGCUGUAACUGCUGUGUCAUCUAUACUGGACUCUGUUAAGUUAUAAGUAUUGCAGAUAACUGUAAAGAUGUAGAGAUGCUGGUGCGGCACACAACCACAUUGUUAGGUGCAUGCAGGGCCUUUUUUAAGGAUUUUCCCGUGGGGGCAUGUUUUGCAAAGGGACCUUUCUGUGAGAUAAUAUCACAGGGUGCCCGACUUAAAGAAAUAUAUCCAACUGUAUAAACAAGCUGUUUCCCCAAGCUUAUCAGUUUUUGAACAAGCAGCCCCAAAACUAAAAAAAUUAUUUUCUAGAGAAAAAUGAUGUAAAGGCUUUGCUUCGAGUAUUGUUUAUGUUUCUGCCACUGCCAUUAUUCUGGAUUCUGUUUGACCAGCAGGUUAGUGCAUAGACGGAUUUCCUGGAUGUAGGGGUGCAUACCCCCCCCCCCCAAAUAUUUUGCAUCCCCUCACCUAGAGAAAUUUCAGAAUUUAAAAACCCUGCCCCAAAAAUCUCUGGUUACAAUUCUUUGGUUAUAAUUCCUACAGGAAUCUGUAUUUAUUAUUAUUCCUCAAUAAAAAUCUUAACAAUUGUACUGUAAUUUUGUUUUUACUUGCCUUAUAAAAAUGUGUUUUGUUUUUAUAGGGCUCAAGAUGGAUGCUACAAGCGGAACAGUUAGAUGGUCAUAUUGUAAGUGGACAUAGUUAUAGAUCUUGUAUUAACAUACAUGCAACGAAAUGUUCUUAAUAAAUGCCAUGUAAUUUUUUAGGGUGAAUUGUUAACUGUGAAACCAGAUCAAAUGCAGGUAUGUGAAGAAUUACAAACUAGAGAGAAUGGACUAUAAUAUUUCAUUUAAAUAAUGUACUGACCUCCCUAUUGAGGACAAGCAUUUUACUACUGUAUACCACAGAAGAAUAAGAAUUCCUGUUGUACUGUAAAUAAGAUGUUCUGAACAAUUCCUGUUAAUCAGCAUUUUUACCAUGAAGAAAUUCACUGAAAAUGCCCAACUCUUGGAGAAUUAUUGCACAGUGAAAUUCACAUACCCCUGAGGAAUUCCAGGGCUAAAAUUACCUCACCCUGAAAAAUUCCAUGUCCCUGGAUAGGAGGUGUUACUGUGUACGGAUAUUUGUAAGACUCUUCGUCUGAGUGUGAAGAAUUGUUUAUUUAAAAUCAGAAAUUAUUGCAUGUUACCAAUACCACAUCACUUUCCAUACGAUCUAAAUGCUUUAUUGCUUUUAAAAUCAUUUCUAGGCACUUAAUCCAAUUUUCAUUCUGGUUCUCAUUCCAAUCUUUGAGAGAAUAAUUUAUCCUAUUUUGAGAAAAUGUGGCUUAGCUGUGAGGUACAGUAAUUGUUACUGUGAAAAGAUUGUCCUGCAGUACAUGUUUGCAUAUGAAUAAUUUGUUAAUGUUUGACUAUCAACAAACACUAUAUUCACCUCAAUUCGUGUUUUUUUCUAGACCUUUGCAAAGAAUGUGUAUUGGGAUGUUUUUGGCAAGUGUUUCGUUUUUAUUGGCAGCUGUUCUUUAACUGAAAAUUCAGGUAUGAAAAUUGCAGUAUUAAAAAUUUGGAAUAUGAGUUACUAAUUUACAGUAAAGGCUCAGGUUUGCCCUAUCAAAGUUUCUGUGAUCACAGUAGGAAUUUUGCAUGGGUAACUUCUAAGUUUUGAAGGAUUUGUAAGAAACAUUUGAGGGAACUGACUCAGUAUUAAACACUGAGCAAGUUCUCUCAAACAUUUUUUACAAAUCCUUCAAAACUUAGAAUUUACUGUACAUAUAUACUGUAUGCAAAAUUCUUACAGUACAAUCACAGAGACUUUGAUCGUUUAAACCAACCUGUAGAAAAAUAUACAAGUCAUGUACUGUUUAUAUUAAUGCACCUAUCAAUGUUAAGCCCAGAGGGUUGGGCAUAGGUGAGGCAUUUGAUUUUUUGAGCAAAUUAUUAUUAAAUUUUCAAUCAAAUGCCCCACCGUCGGGCAAUAAAUACUAUAGUAAUAAAAGUCAUUCAGUCGGGCCCAAAAUACUAAUCAAAAUCCCCAGGGUGGGAUGCAAUUGAUGAUUAAAUACCCCACACAUGCCUGACCCCCCCCUCCCCCCCCCCCUAUGGGAGUUGAUAGGUGCAUAACGAAACAUGUUACUCGAUUUUCUUUCCCAGGCCAUGACAAUCAAAGUUCUUCCUGUGCCAAGUGGACAAUCAAAUCUAAGACUUAUUAAUGCAGCUCGUUUUCCCCUGAAUGUUACAUUCCCACAAUAUCCUUCAUUACUCCUAAAAAUCCAACAAAGAUCGGUAAGUUAUCAUUGGAAAAUCAAUCGGAACUGAGCUAAUUUAAUUUUUUGUACUGGUAGCCUGACUGAGUUUUACAUACUGUAUUGUGUUGUUUUGUGCAGCUCAUUGGCUACUUUUAUCAGUUCUAAACUGUUAUCCCAAACAGUGUUAAUUAAGUUAAUUAUCCUAAUUCCCAAACAGUGUUAAUAAAACAGUAGGAUGUUUUUUGAAUGUGAGAUUCAACACUUGGAACAGUUUAAAAUGAUACAAAACUACUCAUUAUAAACAACUUAUGGUAAUUUUAUUCAAUAUACUAUUUUGAAUUUUUGAUAUUUAUCCUUCCCAGGCUACUGAAUAUCUUGUCCUUCCAACCUAUGUGAAGGAUGUUCGUGUGAGAGCAGACAAAUGUCCUCAGUCUCCAACACUGGCAUAUUUCAAGAAAGAAGAAGUCUUCGAAUUAUCUCUGGCAUCCAAGAAGUCGUAUAAAUUUGUCAUUUCCAAUUACAAGGGAAAGUUAUCUGGCAAACAGUUUAAAUUGAAGUUCCUCAAUAAGAUAAAAAGUGGAAAAUCAUGUGUGAGGUAUAUAUAUGUUUGAAUCUUAAGACAUGUUUACAACAACAAACUCACUGAGUGAGGCCGGUUGUUCAAAGCUGGAUUAGCGCUAACCCCGCCAGUUAAAAUUUAACCUUACGACAAGUCAACAGCAACAACAACUAUUGCAACAACAUAUAACAAUACCAACAACAAAAUAUCAUAAAACAACUAUCAUGUAAAAUUAUUGAGCCGUCUUUUUACAGUAACACAUCUUCCAGAAAAUAUGUCACUCUAUAUGUUGCUAUAGUCAAUCCAUGUCUCAUCACGAAAAGCUUUCAAUAGCCAAAGUGAGAUACCUGUACUUUCCGGAAGCAUGUAUUUUCACUAUUUUGUUUGUAAAACUUGGUUGUCUUUCUAUUUAGAUUUAUUCACGCUGGAGCCGCAGCUGUUCCAAAGAUUUCUAUCAAAUUGAAUAGCAGUUUUACUAUUUAUAAGUUAACAAGAUUGAAUGCCACGAAAUAUCUCAGAUUAAAGUCGAGGAGGUUUGUAUGUUUUGACAACAACAUUUCAUCAUUUUACAAAAUAUACAGCUGUUUGCAUUGGUAAUUUCUUUUUAAACUCAUAGAAAUAUAGAUAUUACAUAGCUAUAAUGUUUCUUUCUUGUAUUUUUAGUCAUGACGUGGAAAUUUUAGAUGGUGACAACAAAGUUAAACUUAAGGUAAAGCAUUGUACAGUAUUUGUAGUAUAAUAAACACAGCAUCAACAAAACCCGGAUCGGAAUGGAUUGACAAAACCCGGAUCGGAACGGAUUGACAAAACCCGGAUCAGAUUGACAAAACCAGGAUCAGAUUGACAAAACCCGGAUCGGAUUGACAAAACCCGGAUUAAUUAAACUAAAAACCUUUGUUUUGAUCCGUAUGUUUGCUUAUAUGUUGGGUUCUAUUAGGGAAGAAUAUCGAUUUUGUCCAUAAACCCCCCCCCCCCCCAUAGUUAUCGGUAUUUUGUUCUUAUCGUGCAUAUAAGGUAAUUUUCUAUGCCGGGUCGGCUAUUGGCGAUGCUUGCCGCCCCGAGGAAUAAUAUGUCAUCUUCUGCUGACAUAUGUUUUUUUAUUAAUAAUCCAGGUGAUCUUGAUACGCGGAAAAGUACUGGCACUAGUUGUCAAAUAGAAAUCCAUUUUAUGAUUAAAACAACUGAAUAUCUCCUGUAGUAUACUUUAUUUCGAUUCCAUAUUUUUGUCAGAGCUAUAGUUCACCUAACCAAACAUAAUUACAAAAUUUCAACUAGUUUCAUAAAGAAUAACGAAAGAUAUAAUUGACUGAAUACAUCAAAAUGGAUUUCUAUUCGGACAACCCUUUCUGAGCGCUGAUUGGCUGAAAUACGAACACGAGAUCACCUGGAAUAUUAUAUGAACUCCAAGCGUUUUUCUUGAAAUUUGAGUGUUUUCAAUGCAAGGAAGGCGUAAUAAUAUAAAUGUUUGGAACAGGUAUGCUAUUUCGAAUGUAUAUACUGGUGCAAACACCAUGUUGUUUUCUUUUUUAUAUUGUGCAAAGAUGAUUUUGAAAUGUUUGUUGAAUUUUUCCACGAUGUUUUACAGAGAUUUAUUAAAUUACAGGUACAAAAUUACAGUACAGUACCAAGUAAAGAAUAUCAACUCAAUUUAACAUGUGUGCUGUUUGUCCCAGAUAGGGCUGAUUACACGGGAGCCGGGAGGUAAUAUAAAAUGAAUUUUACGAUUAUGUGGAAAAAUUCAACCCGGGCUGAAUUUCAGCCCGGGUUGAAAUUUUCAUCCCAGUUUAUGUCACCCGGGAUGAGAGUUACAGCCCUGUCAAACGGGAUGAAAUAUCCCAUGCAAUCGCAAAUAAAUUCAAACAAUCGUUUAAAUGGCUUUGUUUUGCGUUUUAAUUGUCUCAUCUUUAAUAUUCUAUAUGCAACCAUACUUACACAAGUCAUUUCAAAUUUUUGUCAAUCCGUUCCGAUCCGGGUUUUGUCAAUCCGUUCCGAUCCGGGUUUUGUUGAUGCCGUAAUAAACAUUGUAAUUUGUUCUUUACAAUUUUGAAAACUUGUCUACAACAUGUCAUUACACUGGAAAAUUUUAUACAUUUCUCUACGAUGGAAAUUCUAUAGAAACAUAGAAUUCUAUAUUCAACUUCCAAAAUUUUAUACACUUCAAAUAGUCUGGAUAUUUGGAAAUUUUUCAUAAAAAGCAUAGAAAUUCUCCAAAAAAAUUUUGUUUGAUCAUAUUUUCUAGGAAAAAUUGGAAUUCCAGAACAGUGGGAUGUAUAGAUCUGUAAUUGUGUGCAAGGGAAUCCUAACACGUGUGAUAAUCCUGAGGUAAAACUAAUUUUUAUUUGAUAGUGAGUCAUUCUAGAGAACAUCCAUACAAUACUGUACCUCCCCAUGGAGGAAAUUAGGAGUUGAUCCCCCUACCCCUUUGGAUGCCUCAGUUGUAUCACCCAACACCCCCUUUCCAGCCCGAACGGCAAACAUUUCCUCCUUGGGGGCAGAGUGGUUCUUUUCUGGAAUGACCCAUUUUGCAAAAUGGUGUGACCCCAGUGCUCCUUUCUUUGCUUCAAACAUACUCGAAUUUGUUAAAAUUGUUUAUAUUUCCAAGAAAAUUAAUUUUGACAUUUUCCUACAGCUUGUGUUCGAAAGAUAUGUCGAAGUUAGUCCAAAGACUGUUCCAAUGUUUUGGCAAAUUCCACAGUAUCUCGCCAUCACAGCUGAAGUGAUGUUUUCAAUAACUGGCCUCGAGUUUGCUUAUUCACAGGUAACAAACUUCAUUUUUCCUUCAAACUAGUACACUUAAGUAAUUAGUACACCAAACAUUUGGUGCGUGGCCAUAUCAAUGUUUUCACCAAAACAUUUAUUUUCAGGUGAUAAAAUUACAUUUUUAACUUUUCAAAAAAGUUGCCCAAAUGUAAAGUGGGUAUGAACAAUAAUAUUAUGCUUGUUAUAUUUCAGUCACCUGCAAGUAUGAAGUCAUGUAUUAUGGUUGCAUGGCUAUUAACUGUUUCUGUUGGCAAUCUGAUCCUAGUGAUUUUUGCUGAAGCUCGUUUCUUUUAUAGCAUGGUAAGAGAAAUUAUUUACUGAUACAUUGACAACUUAUCUGCAUCACAUUACUCACUCAUGAAGGUUACUUGUGUGAUGUAACACUUAGUUCUCAUUAUUUUUAUUCAGGCCAAUGAAUUUUUCUUUUUUGCUGGCCUCUUGGUGGUCGUUGUCGUCAUAUUCGCCGUGAUUGCUCAAUUUUAUACCUACUUAUCUGACGAAAACAAGGCGGACAGUUCGAGUAAUGAAGAUGACGAUAAAUUUUUACUGGAAGAGGGAGAAGAUGAAAUUGGUAACUAG